AUCUCCACAAGAUAGAUUUUUUAAAUAAUAUUCUUUUUAUUAUUUUAAAGCAUGAGGAAAAGGGACUUCUCUCGGGAGGCAAAGUUCUAGGGUUUCCAAGUUCACACAUAAUCGACUCCAAAUCCAACCAACUAAACAAACCCUCUAUCUUCCUGUAAUCUUCGAUUCGAUCUGGAAGCAUGCCUCAGAGACAUUCAAAGAACAACAAUGAUCUAGCCUUCUUCACCUAUGACGAGAAGAGGAAGCUUGGUUACGGUACUCAAAAGGAGAGGCUUGGUAAAGACUCGAUCAAACCCUUCGAUGCUUGCUCUCUCUGCUUGAAACCCUUCAUUGAUCCCUUGUGCUGUCAAAAAGGUCACGUCUUCUGUAAAGAAUGCAUUCUUGAAUGCUUAUUGUCCCAAAAGAAAGAUAUCCAAAGGAAGCUAUCUGCCCAUACUGCUCAACUGAAGCAAGAAAAAGAGGAGGAAUCAGAGAAGUUGAUGCUACAGAAAGCUAGAGAACUUGAUGCAUUUGAUCAGCAAAACCACGGUGCUGUACCACAAUACAACGAUAAAAACUUCAACAGGGACAGAAGUGGGUUUCACGGAGCAAACAGUGUUAAAACCACAUCGUACGAAGCGGAAGCACUGAGAACAAUGAAAGCAUUUUGGCUGCCUUCUGCUACACCCGAAGCUCCGGUCAAAGUCAACGCACCAUCCACCAGCACAACUUGCCCUGAAGGUAACGAAAAACUUAAAAUGAAAACCCUUUUCUCUAUUCACUUCACGGAAGACACAAAUGACGAAAAGAAAGGUUCGGCCCUAGAUAAAACCUACAUAUGCCCUAGCUGCAAGGUGACAUUGACCAAUACAUUAGCACUUGUGGGUCUAAGUUCUUGUGGACAUGUGUUCUGUAAGAAGUGUGCAGAUAAGUUCAUGGUGGUUGAUAAGGUGUGUCUAGUGUGCAAUAAGGCCUGCAAGGAGAGGAAUCUUAUCAACUUGGAAAAAGGCGGAACUGGAUUCGCAGGCCAUGGGGAUAAUCUCGAAGCCAAAGACUUUAAGCAUCUAGGAAGUGGUUCGGGACUAGGGUUGGUGAGGCCCGCAAUGAAGACAUGAUAUCUGGUAGGUCUUAUUGUGACUUGUUGCUAGUCGUCCCCAUAUAAACUUGUAUUUUGUUUUCUUGUUUCCUGCAUAAGAAUCGGUUUGUUAUAUUUGUCAAUCAUAUGCCCUCUUUCCUUUCAGAUUUCAUCUUUCAUUGGAAUGAAUACUGCUUCAAACCCUUCAUAGUUUAUCAGAUUUCAGGGGUGGGUUUCAUCAAUUCUUGUAUCUGUAAAAUUUAUUUUGUGGAUUAGUAGUAUGUCUGAAUGGAUUGAAAAAGUUUUUG